CAAGUACGGAUCACCAAAAGAUCGUCAGAAUCCCUCUCCUCACCGACAAUCGAAGAUCACCAGUAUUCAUACAAUGGAUUCGGACAGCGAUGAAGAGUUUCUUUCGACCCAGCCGGUAUUUUCGGCGCGUCAAACCAAAGUUGCCGAGCGUGAGAAAAUUCGAAUGGCGAAGUUUUUGGGCGCAUGCGUGGCUGAAUCCGACCGCGUCCACGAACUCGAUAAGCGUGUUUCGCAAAUCAAAAACACGCACGACAUUGAUUUGGAUGAUGAAGAACUUUGUCAACGCGUGUUGACGCAACAAGAAGCAGCGCUGCAAUCCAAUUCACGGGAGGCACACUGGGACGCCGUAGAUGGGAGUGACGAUAUUGAUCCCGAAGGAGUGUGGGAUCGCUCGCAUCGGAAGGCACUGGCACAGGCCUUUGAUACGGAUCGAAGUAGCUGUUUGGGGCGGCGUGAGAUUAUCAAAGGUAUGGAUCCGAAACGUGCGAAGAAUCUCGUAAACGUUUUUCUGUCGAUUGGUGAAGCAACAAAGGAGUUGACUACGAUAUUGGCGCAAUUGGAAGAGGACUCAUCGUUAAAUACAAUACAGAUUACCGCUCUGGUGACCCGUUUUCGGGCCGUAUUGGAGAUCAAUGAGCUUGCCACGUUUCUACGGUGUGAUGCUUUGAGUCGCUUGUUACGGAAGCAAAACUCAACGUUGCCUUUUUCGCUCAUCAAAUGGCUUGUGCGGGUCGCAUUUAGCGCAGGAAUGGACGACUUACUCUGUGAUUUAGGGGAUGCGGUAUUGCAUUGUUUGUUGACCUUGUAUCCAGAGGGGCGCUUGCGCCCUACUCCCUUGGUCAGUUUUGAAGCCUUUUGCUCCGCUCUUGAAUGCUGGGUAGAAACUCGACUGAUUCACUCUAGGGCGUCGAUGGCGGUCAGCAAUUGUAGCAUCAAUAAAGAGUCGAGGAAGAAUCUCAAUGGCCUGCGUCAUUUGCUAAUUUUAUGGAACAGCACUCUAUCUACGACUGCAACCUCUUCGGUCCGAGCCCAAUCGGCCACCACCGGGAUGGUAGCAUUAGCGCUUCUGAGUAUCGAUGUCCACAUACGUUCCCCUAUACGAGAUUUUGAUCUUCAAGCGCCAUUGCAGCAAGCCGUGGAAAGGAUUCUCAAUUUAGUCUCCAGCGCGGCGGAAAAAGGUCAAGUCAACCUGAUCAAAUGGAUGUGGAUAACAACCAAGGCCAUCAUCAGCGGUUUGGAGAAUCUGGGUCCGGGGCUCAAAGGAGCUGACGACAGCGAUGAUAGAGAAGCGUGGUUGUGUCGAUCGGCAGUUGUAUGUAGCGUGCCACCAGCGCAAGGCGUCGACCAGCCAUGUGGCCUGUAUAAGGUUAUUGUCGGCCUGCAAGCACUCGAUUCGUGUCUGAAUUUUUCCGGACGAUUUCCAAAUUACAUUGAAAGCAUUGCGAAGUGUAUAGGAAACCAAGAACUCUUAAAGGAGGUCGAGGGGUCAGUAUCUUGGAAAGCGCUAGUCGCUCCCUACGCUGCGCUGAUAGAAAUGGAACGCCAGGAGCACAUACUUAUAAUGGAUGGACCUCGUUGUCUCGCCAUUGCCGAGUGCAUGUUCGCAACCUUCCAAGCUGGGAGUUCUUUAAUUGGAAGGUUCGUUGUGGAAGACGAGUCUUUUGAGUUCCACCCCAGGCAUGCUGAGCUGAUUCUUCAUGUCUUGGACCUCAUGGACCCGGCUUACCUGAGUCUCUCUAAGCGUAUGUCAAGCCUGAACAAUAAUCCGUUUUUCCGCCGCGUGGACUUUUGUCUCAGUUACUCGCGUCAGAUGUACCAGCGUGUGGUAAGGGAAGCAGCACUAGCCAUUGUCGAGGAGCAUGAAAAGGUCGAGACGCAAACGACGAUGACAACCUUUUUUCAAACAAAGGCUACCACGUCACCAGUAGAAGGAUAUGUUGAUGGCAGUCCCAAUGGCUGA